GCUUAUUGAUGGGGGUUAUUUAAGCGUUUUUUUUUUGCAGCUUCGACACGUUCCCACCGAAAGGCUCUAAUUGCUUUACGGCUGUAUUAGCGCUGCAUUUGUGUACUACGCGGGAUGGUAGUAAAUUUGGGCGCUUCAUGAAUGUGCGCCGAUGUUGAGCACGCAAAAAUAACGUGCGUGUGUGCGUGUACCUUUUGUAAGCGAAGCGUGACGUACCAGGCGUCUCCAUUGAGUAAUUCGUGCGGCGACGAGACCUCCAUUCGCAACAUCCAUUCUCCGUGGCCCAGCAAAUGGGAGCUCAGCCGAUUGAUGACACCGAGCUGCAAUCUCCAUCCCCGUGACUGUUGAUUAGGGUCAUCGAGAGCGAUAUGCGAUACUGUGUGCCCAUGGGGUAGAAAAAGGAAAACGACCGAAUGUGUCCGCAUAAGGAAGUGCUAGUGAAGGAAAGCUUGAGUUGAGUGUUAUUUCUUCCGUACAGUUCGGUUUCGCGUUGGUUAAGUAACGUCUACUACACUUUUAAGGAGAAACCCCGAAUAAACGGUAUCGGUUGUGCCUUUCCGUGAUAAGUGUGUUUCUGUUCGUGAGUGUGUGCGUGAGUGUGAAUUGAAAGUGAAGUGGUAAGCAACCAGAAAAGGUCCUCACUCUGUUGCUUCGGAUCGUAAAUCGUACCCGGUUUAGUGGUGUCCGCAGGAAAAGUGCUUCGUGGUUCGAGCUUCUUAGACGGAGCCCAGUUUUUGUGAGUGUGUGUGUGUGUGUGUGUGUGUGUGUGUUUGGUCAACGGUUUCGGUUUCAUGGAACGCUACUAGCAUGGAUUUGAUAUCGCUUCCACCCUGCUCGAGACGCAUGGAACUGACGACAAUGGUGAACGAACAACCGAUGGCACUGUCGCCUGCGUCCACCUCGGCGAUUAAGAUCUCGACGACAUUUUUAAAGACGCCUGUCAAGACGGACCAGGAAAUACUCCAGAACUCUAUGCUGGAAGAUGACCCGAAUUCCAACACCAUACUAGCAACGACCGGCCUGUCCGAAGACAACCGUGCGAAUCUCGAGAAACGGCCACGAUGGGGACCCCGGCACAAAGGAGCUCAGGAGCUGGCGAAGCUGUACAGUAACGGGAAGCGAACUCAGGAGCUGGUGUGUGUGUACAUCUGCAUCUCGCUGAUGGUGCUAAAUCUCGCCCUAAUACUAAGACACUUUAGGUUCGAGCGCAUCAGCAACGUCGUGGUGGCAGCCAUCUUCGGCAUACUGACGGCAGACUUUGGUUCGGGGCUGUUACAUUGGGGCGCUGACACCUGGGGCUCCGUCGAUUUGCCCAUCGUUGGUAAGAACUUUCUUCGACCAUUCCGAGAGCAUCACAUCGAUCCGACCUCCAUCACACGGCAUGAUUUCAUCGAAACGAACGGGGACAAUUUUAUGGUUGCCCUGCCAAUACUCGGCAAGCUGGCGUGGAACUUUUUUACCAGAACGAAUGCCGAAAUACAGCAGGACUAUGCUAUCAGCGCGUACCUGUUCCUGUGCUCGAUUUUCAUAGCCAUGACGAAUCAGAUUCACAAAUGGUCCCACACAUACUGGGGUCUACCGAGAUGGGUACUGUUUCUGCAGAAUCAUCACAUCAUCUUGCCCAGACGCCAUCAUCGCAUUCAUCACGUUGCACCGCACGAAACGUACUUUUGCAUAACGACAGGAUGGCUCAACUGGCCGCUGGAGAAGAUAAAAUUCUGGUCCACACUGGAGGCCAUCAUUGAACUGUCGACUGGCCAUAAACCUCGUGCCGAUGACUUAAAGUGGGCCCAAAAGCGAACUUGAUCCUUUUACACCAUCGCAUCCAUCCUGUGGCUUCAUUGACCGGACGACGGUACGACGUGAUAGCAAUAACGCUGAUUUCCGAGGCAACAAAAAAAAAAAAAAACCAUCGUACAUGGCACACGGAAUCAUACCAAACUAAAUAGCAAUAUCGCAUUUCGUGCAGCACAAAGCCCAUUUGGAUUCGUGGAGGUUGGGAAGCCGGAGUCUUGCAGAGUGCAGCUUGAAACACGCACACAUAGGCACCACCUUAUGGUAAACCGUUUCGGAAAUAUUUUUAACAUACGUUUACGGACAAUUUUGAUACUUUAUAGGUACGCAACCCGAAUGUCAGUUGAAUGUGCAAAUAGUGCAGGACAGGAAAGAGGUCAGGAAAGAGAGACAUAAUUAUUGCGACUUACUGGGCUGGUUAGGAAAAUUGUUAUGGAAUGGACUAUUUUAAUAGGCAACUUAAUAGGCUUCGAUUUUUGUGAAGCAAACCGGUGGCUUUAAGACGUUGAAUUUUAAUAUUUGCGCAUCAUAACAUCUGCAGACCUCAGGAUAAUAACAAAAAAACGAGAAAACGCUUACAAAAAUAUAUUAAAUGUCAAUAACUAUGUCCUCUUGCCUAGAAAAAUACAAUAGCAAAGAAUGUCAUAAAGCAUCUGAUUUUGUAUCGCAACUAUUUAACUAAACGAUCAAACAGCUUCUUAAAAUAUUUUUAUUUUAUUUAAAAGCGACAUUUUGAAGGACUCAGCUCAAGCUUUACUUUGGAAUUUGGCUUAAAAAUAUGAGUUAGAAUUUAAUAUGAAACAAAAAUGUAUACGAAAAGCGCAUGUUUUGUUUCAGACGAUUGCAAUAUUAAAAGCUCUUUUACACACCUGAUGCCUGCUUGAAACUAAGCACAAAAAAGCAAAUGAACAAGUUCAACAAACAAUAAGCAUAAGUAUAAGCAUAAGAGAAAAUAAUAAACAAUAACUCCGUUAGAGCAACAAACCGAAAUCAUACACACACACACACACUCAAGAAACACAAUGUACUGCAGAAGAUAAAAUGGAUUACUUUGAGCACUAGCGUAAGACUAAUCGUACAAUCACGUUUUUCGAAUGUAUUAUAGCGGCAUCAAGCAAAGAAAGGUUUUGGGGAACAAAUACCGCACACACACACAGACACCGUGCUACAAUUUUAAAACUGUAAGGGCUUAGUGAUUAGUUUACAAAAACAAAAAAGCAGUGCAGUGAAUUUUACUAUUUAAAGUACCGAAAGCGAAGAAAAUGAUAAAACAAAGUACACUCAAGGUAGUUAUAUAUGCUGAAGCUUUAGGCGAUGCGACAAAAUAGUUAGUAAGACAGCAAGUAACGGGGGGCUGAUUUAGUAGACGGACCCUGAUUAGGGAUAGCUUUUUAUGCGAAAGAUUGGAAGGGGAAAGCUGGAUUUGUACUGUAGCUUGUGUAGAAAGAAGAGACACAAAACCUCCCUUAAAAGAUGUUGACAGUGAGUGAUGUUUAUUUUUAUUUGUUUCUGUGAUCAAUUCCAGAAUAUUUCGCUUGUCAAGCAAGAAAUGAAAAAAAUAUUUAAAAAAUAGAAAAAUAAAGAAAGCAAACAACUUUAA